AUUCACACUUCAAAAUUAUUGUUUGAACAUGUGUUUUAAAGUUUGUAAUAGUAGUUAAUAAAUUUAAAAUAUUAAAGAAAUGUCUUCUGGUUCUGAUAGUGAAUCUGAUAAUGAGAGAACCACUAUUUCUAGACUUGGUGACUGCGAAGUUUGUGGUUCAAAUCAAGCCCUUUACACUUGCCCUAAAUGCGAAGUUAAGACUUGCUGCCUUGAUUGUGUUAGAAUACAUAAAAAAGAACUGAAAUGUAACGGCAUUAGAGAUCGUACAAAAUUCAUACGAAUUAAAGAUUUUAAUGAUACCGACUUGUUAAGCGACUAUAGGUUGUUAGAAGAAUGUGCGCGCUUUGUUUACUCAGUCAAAAGGGAUGAAAAAAAAAAGUACACAAGGAUAGAUAAAGAGUUACCACUUCAUUUGUACAAGCUGAAAAUGGCAGCAAGAAAGAGGGGUACAGUUCUACAGUUUCUGGCUGCAAACUUUACCAGACAUGCUAUAAACACAACUAAAUACCAUUUCAAGAAAAAUAUAAUAACUUGGAGGGUUGAAUGGAUUUUUCCAAAUGUUGACACAAAACCAUUAAAGUUUACUGAUGAUCAAUGUCCUGAACAGAAGAAGUUGUCUCAGCUUUUAGAUAAAUAUUUGAAUCCAGAUGCAAUGCCAUUUGACGGAUCUAAAGAUCUUGUUUAUUAUAAAUCUGCUGGGUUUAGUGGAGUAAAAGUUCUAUUAAAAGCUGAAAAAGUAAAAGGUUCAAACAAGAAGUUCUUUGAGUUGGACACAACGGAAACUUUGGCUGAAAACUUAUCAGGAAAAUGCAUUAUUGAAUUUCCUAUAAUAUUUGUUGUACUGAGGGAUCAUGCUUAUAAUUUUGAGAUUAUAACACCAGGUGAAGAAUUUGAUCUCAUACAGAAUAAAAAUACAAAUGUUGAAGCAAAAAAUAAAAAAGUAACUGAUAAAAUAGACAUAACAAAAGUUAAGGGUAAUGCAAAUGAUGUAAAAGGUAAAGAAGAAGAGGAGGAUGGUAAUUACAGGAAGAGGCCGCGAACUUUAUUGACAGAACAGAUUGCCAUUGAAAAGGAUAAGGAGAUUGAAAGAGAAAUCAGAGAAGAAAAGAAAAAGAGACCUAAAAAUCUUCUUUUUACAACUGGUUACUCAUCAGAGGAGAGCAUAAGUUGUGGCAGUGAAGAUGAAAAUGAGAAAUAA